GGAAAAAGAAGGCCUGAGAAAAUGCGCGAAAGGCAAUGAUUUCUUCGGUCGCUUUGCCCAGCGGGCAGCCGUUGUAUUCAUCGAUACUCCUCAGCUGACGGACGUGUUCCCCGUUUGCUCGCGCUGCUCGCAUGAUUUUCCGGCGAAAUUUUUUUCACUGCUUGGAAAAUUCAGCUCAAUUCUAGUGAAAUGGCAAGAUAACAAUGCACCAUAUCGUUCCUUUAUUGGUCUUGUGCUGUGCAUUCGUGAAAAGUGCUCGAAAAGAUGUAGUGAGUCGUGAAAGUUUGUAUGUGAAGCGUUGUUUUUUUAUUGGGAGAAAUUUUUGAAGCACCUCAUCCACCGCUCCCUUGUGCGUCUGUCGUCCAGCGAAUAACCCAAAUAUUUUCGGGAAAGUAUGUAUGCGCGUGUAUGUGUAUACUGUAUACAAAGUCGUUGAUGCGAAUACCUUGACGAUUGACCCUCGCGGUCGCCGGUACGGCACGGUGGUUCUGUGACCGAUGAUGUCUGUAGCUGCGUUGAGUUUGUUAUUUAUAAUUCCCAGCCUUUCGUGAUAUUCUGCAAUGUUGCACAUUUUACUGCUUCGCACGCCGUGCAUUUGACAGUUGCACAAAUCGCACGUUUGCGAGCGUCUCCAUAGUUACAGUUGCGCUCGGUGCAACACAGCAGAGCGAGUUGAAUUGCUGUGAGGAUAAAGAGUGCGUUAGCACCCGGAACAGCGUCGCUCUUGCCACAGAACGGAACGAUUUGGCCUGCAGACCGUCUAAACAGUGAUUAGUGAAUUGUUUAUCAGUUCGCCGUGUGCGAACCGAAGGCGAGACCUGCGCAGUAAUAGGGAAACGAAAGAAUGAUUGGACAUUGGUGUUGUAGUAGCAGAGUAACGUGCAGUGAUUAAAACAAGAAGUGGUGUCCCGUUAACGCUAACUUCUCCGCGUCGUGAAGGCCGUCCGUGUGUAUGAUAGAUAGAAGCGUAUUGGUUCCCUGUUGCAGUCCGAUGCUGGCGCAACGUUGGCCCUGUCCGGCGGGACGGUUCCAAAGGUCACGCUGUCAAGAGUAAUGUGCUAGUUUUGAUGGUGUGCCGCUUUUCGUAAGGUUGUGUACAGUUUACACGCUGCACGUGCGAAGCAAAAACACCUUCAUUAAUUCGCUCUCGGCAGCAGUGAAAAAACACUACUGAAAAUUGUGGCAGUGUAUGUGGCGUGUUCGCAACUUCAAAUCGUCAUUUGCCAGCGGAUUGCACACUCCUACUUACAUAAUUGUGCCCGUGUUGCACCAAAGUGAUUGCAUUGGACUGCCUGACAGUGCCUAAACAUAUCACCAUUCAAAAGAAUCUGGCUGCACCAUUAUCAUGGCUUCCGCGUUCGGCGUGUGGGAUUACGUCGUGUUCAUUGCCAUGCUGAUGAUAUCGGCGGGCAUAGGCGUGUAUUAUCGAUUUUCUGGCGGCAAGCAGAAAACUAAUGCGGAGUACCUGCUGGCGGAUCGCAACAUGUCGAUCUGGCCGGUGUCGUUCAGCCUGAUGGCCAGCUUCAUGUCCGCGAUCACACUGCUGGGCGUGUCGAACGAAAACUACCAGUUCGGUACGCAGUUCGUGGCCAUCAACCUCUCGUACGGACUGGCUACCCCGAUUGCGGCCUACCUCUUCCUGCCAGUAUUCUUUCGCCUGCAAGCGUGCAGUGCGUACGAGUAUCUGGAAAAACGGUUCGGCAAGAAGACGCGACUAGCUGCCUCGCUGGCGUACACGCUGCAGAUGAUUCUGUACAUGGGCAUAGCCGUGUACGCGCCAGCCCUCGCGCUGCAGGCCGUCACAGGACUUGACCAGGCGUACUCGAUCCUGGCGAUCGGUGGCAUCUGCACGUUCUACUCAACGAUCGGCGGCAUGAAGGCGGUACUGUUUACCGACGUCUUCCAGUCGGUGCUGAUGUUUGCCGCCAUCUACGCGGUCAUUAUUUGCGCUGCUGUUAAAGCGGGCGGACUCGGCCCAAUAUGGGAGGCAGCGUCCGAGGGCGCCCGGUUGGAGAUUUGGAACUUCGAUCCGAACCCGACCACGCGGCACACCUGGUGGACGCUAACGAUCGGCGGCAUGUUUACCUACUUGUCGCUGUACGCCGUCAACCAAACGCAAGUGCAGCGGCUGAAGACGUGCAAGAACCUGAAGUCCGCCCAGAAAGCGCUCUGGCUCAAUUGGCCCAUCCUGUCGCUGCUCAGCCUCAGCACGUCCUUCAGCGGGCUGGCGAUCUACUACUACUAUCGCAGCUGUGACCCGCUGCGCCAGGGCAGGAUAAAGGUGCGCGAUCAAACGAUGCCACUGUUCGUGGUGGACGCGAUGGGCGAUAUACCCGGGCUGCCGGGCCUGUUCGUGUCCGGUAUCUUCUCCGCCAGCCUGUCGACCGUGUCGGCCGCGCUCAACUCGCUGGCCGCCGUCACGCUCGAAGACUACCUCAAGCCGCUAUACCAGAAGGUGAAGCGGAAACCGAUGCCCGAUCUGCAAUCCAGCUUUCCGACCAAGGUGAUGGCGUUCCUGUACGGUGUGGUUUGCAUAGCGGUUGCGUUUCUCGCCCAAAAGAUGGGUGGCGUGCUGCAGGCAUCGCUCACGAUUUUCGGCGUUGUCGGGGGACCGCUGUUUGCGCUCUUCACCAUGGGAAUGUUCACCACACGUGCCAAUCAGCGGGGCGUGAUAACGGGCCUGCUGGUGGGUCUGUCAUUUUCUCUGUGGAUUGGGUUCGGGCAGCCCCGACCACCGCUAAAAACGCUCGACUUUUCCGUGGAAGAUUGCUCCGACUUUGGGGGCUACAAUCAGACCAGCCUGCCGCUGGCGAUGGCGCAGCGAGCUGCCGAACCGCGGGACGACUCCGACUACUUCUAUCUGUACCGAUUGUCUUAUCUGUGGUUUAGCGUGCUGGGCUAUCUCGUGACGUUCCUCGUUGGCUACGGUACGAGCGUGCUGUUGCGCUGGCGCGGUGCGCAGGGCACGGAACGCAUCUACCUCGACGAGCAGCAGACCUAUCUGAACACUGACCUCUUCUCGCCCCCGGUUGCACGUGCCAUGAAGCAGCGGUUGGCGAAGUUUAUCGAGAACGGUGGCGAUAUUGACGCCACGGUGAGACAACAGAAUUCGAGCAGGGUGGACAUUCCUACGACCGCUAAGCAGGAUGUAAACCACCCCUAACGCCCCCCCCCUCAGCGCACCAGCUUUCCUUAUCCCACCUACCCCAUCCAACUGUGGCUGUGUCGAGGUACGAGAGCGUAUCUUCGGGGUGCGGUGUUGAUGCACAAUAUUGGUAAACCCAUGUACAGUUAUGAGUGCAUGCACGGGUGUACCAGGUACAAGGCACAAGAAGUGUCACGCGCCAUUACGUUACACUUUCGAAUGGUUUCGGCGACUUAAUGAAUCGGUAAACGAAUACCGGCCAGUUACAAUAUGGGAGGAGUGCACAGACACUGAGACAAAAAGUGGAUAUAUGAAAAGAAGGAGAACAAAAAUAACAAGUCUUCCAGUAGCGCGACGCACUACCACAAACAAUACCAAAUAGGAACACAGGAUCAAAGUGUAACACUGCGAAGAAUCAUAAUGAUCGUGCUGCUGCUUGCUGUGACGCGCUGUAGGCAUCUGCCUUGCGAAAUGUUUCCUGCAGCCGUACAUCAACGAACUUGAGACAAAUAAUUUAGGUAGCAAAUUGAACGGUGUAUAGCAGUAGUUGCUA